CACAUUCGCACGUGGUGACAUGAUUGCGUGGUUUUAUUUUUGUGCGCAUUUCCGUUUUUUCGCCCCCACACGAACGACCACGACAACCAACUCAAACUCGAGCACACACACACACACCACAUCCCCACCCCACCUGCUACGACCACCCAUCCAUCCUCGAUCCCUCUGCAAUCCCACCACCUCCCACCUUCUCGACGCUGACGUUCGCACAUGCAGUCAACCGUCUCCACGACAUCGUGGAGUGUGCACAGCACCAUCAGCCCAGACAGCAGAGCUAGCAUCUCAGGCAUUAGCAGUCCGAGAAGCAGCAACGACAGCCAGAACAGCGCACGCGACGGCGCAUCCUUGCGCAGCCGGAAACAGGCCCACAUCGCGAGCACGCUCGGCACCAUGAUGCCCGGCAUGACGAAGAACGGCAGAUCAACACCGGAGGUGGCGUCGUCCCGCCGAUCGAAGCAGCGGAGGCGCAGGCGCAGAGACGCCGUCAGCACGCAGAGCGACGAUGACGGGGAGGAGCGCUUCGAAACCUCCAGUCUCACGUUUGCGCUGCGCACGUCCGCGCCAUCGGCAUCUGCUGCAGCCGAUCUCGACGCCAACCCGCGCAAGCGCAGCAAGCAGCAGGCAAGGGGCAACCCAAUGAAGGACGCGCUGCGGGCAGCCCUGGCACAGGAGGAGCAGCGCCUCAGCUCUGAGCGAUCCAGAGAAACCCCGUCCCCUGUGUCGUCCGCAAAGCAGAGUGGCACCCACAAGCACAAGCACAAGCAGCGGUCGCAACACGUACGUCACGGCAGCGACGGCGACGGUGACGGCUCGUCUCCCUCCUCCUCGAUGGAGGUGGACCGGGAUCCAAAACUGCAACACCGGCAGGCGCGGGAGGGCCGCGUCAUCUUGGAGAAGGCCGAGCAAGCAGCCAAGAAGUCCAAACAUGGACGUGGCAGUGCCGUUGCGCCGAGCCGCAGCGCGCGUGCAUCAAGGGGCGCCACCAACAGCAAGCAGCACGUGCCAACAUGUUUCGAUAACACUGCCACCAGCAGUAGCACCAGCAGCAGCAGCAGCAGUGUCGCGGGAAAGCUGCUUCCGUCGCGCGGGGUCGAGCGACGACGUCGGGAACGGCGCACAGCCUCCGAUCGCCUCAAGGGCGCCAAGUUCCGCAUGCUCAACGAGCUGUGGCCCGUGAACCCACUCGAUGACAUUAUUGCGUAUGUGAAACGUCGCCCCCGCUCCGCCGUUGUUGCAGACUUUGGCUGUGGCGAAGCAAGGCUGUCGCAAAGUGUGCCCAACGUUGUGCAUUCCUUUGACUUGGUCGCGUGCAACGAAAACGUGACUGCAUGUGACAUUGCAAAUGUGCCUCUGGAGGAUGAGACUGUGGACAUUGCCGUGUUCUGCUUGGCGUUGAUGGGCACAAACUAUCCCGAUUACUUGGCUGAAGCCCAUCGUGUCUUGCGGCUCAACGGAACCCUCAAGAUUGCAGAGGUGAAAUCAAGGAUCUUGAAGACAGACGACUUUAUCGGCAUUGUGUCGAGGCUUGGCUUUGAGUUUGUCAGCAUGGAUGAUUCAAACAAGAUGUUUGUGUCGUUUGAGUUUACCAAGAGCACGCGCAAGCGGGGCAGCGUUCCGCCCAAGAUGGCAGCGGCCACACUCCAGCCAUGCAUCUACAAGCGGAGGUGA